AUGGGAGCAGGAGCGAGCGCUGAAGAAAAGCACUCCAGGGAGCUGGAGAAGAAGCUGAAGGAAGAUGCUGACAAGGACGCCAGGACCGUCAAACUGCUGCUGCUGGGUGCGGGUGAAUCAGGCAAGAGCACAAUUGUCAAACAGAUGAAAAUUAUCCACAAAGAUGGUUACUCACUUGAAGAAUGCUUGGAGUUCAUUGUCAUCAUCUACAGCAACACCCUACAGUCUAUCAUGGCUAUUGUGAAGGCCAUGAACACACUGAACAUCAGCUAUGGAGAUGCAGCCCAGCAGGAUGACGCCAGGAAACUGAUGCACCUUGCUGACACAAUUGAGGAAGGCACCAUGCCUAAGGAGCUGUCUGACAUCAUCCUUCGCCUCUGGAAGGACUCGGGCAUCCAGGCGUGUUUCGAGAGGGCCUCUGAGUACCAGCUGAACGACUCUGCUGGAUACUAUCUGAAUGACCUGGAGAGGCUGGUCCAGCCUGGCUAUGUCCCCACUGAGCAGGAUGUACUGCGAUCAAGAGUCAAGACCACGGGUAUCAUCGAGACCCAGUUCUCCUUCAAGGACCUCAACUUCAGGAUGUUCGAUGUGGGCGGCCAGCGUUCUGAGAGGAAGAAGUGGAUCCACUGCUUCGAAGGUGUGACCUGCAUCAUCUUCAUCGCUGCCCUGAGCGCCUACGACAUGGUGCUGGUGGAGGAUGAUGAAGUGAACCGAAUGCACGAGAGUCUUCACCUGUUCAACAGUAUCUGCAACCACCGCUACUUUGCCACCACUUCCAUUGUACUCUUCCUCAACAAGAAAGAUGUCUUCAUCGAGAAGAUCAAGAAGGCCCACCUCAGCAUGUGCUUCCCCGAGUAUGACGGCCCCAAUACUUACGAGGAUGCAGGUAACUACAUCAAGCUGCAGUUCCUGGACCUCAACCUGCGGCGAGACGUCAAGGAAAUCUACUCCCACAUGACCUGCGCCACGGACACAGAGAACGUCAAGUUUGUGUUCGAUGCCGUCACCGACAUCAUCAUCAAAGAGAACCUCAAGGACUGUGGUCUCUUCUAAGAGCCAUGCCCCGAGAAGGUAUGAUCCCCGACUCUUUGACCCCCCUGGACCCUUAACCCCUCCCAGUGCGAACUCCACCUCCUAAAAGGGAUAACACUUGGU